AUGUUAAACUAUGAGUCCCUCAAUAAUACGAACUUUCAGAAAUUGAGCUCAUCAUCAACAUCAUCAAAGACUAAUAAGACUGUUCCAAUAGUUACAACACAUGAUCAGUACAACAUUCUUCCCUCCUAUCAAAUGCAUCAGGCCAUUCUUUCAAAUCCUCCGCCCAACCCCAACCAAGUGACCCAGGAAUUGCCCGCGUAUGGUGAAGUAAAUAGCCCUGGCUCCCAUGGAAUAGUUCAGAGUAUGGGCCAAGAAUAUGUCGGUGCUAGGUAUGGUAGUAGUCACGAGGACUUGGUCGGUACAAGUGGUGAAACCUCGUGCAGCUCAAAUUCAUGUUUUUCCUCUUCCUAUAGAUCAAAUUCAGAGAGAUCAUCAAUGUAUGCAUGGAGUCCCGCCACAGAAAUCCACAAUCCACAUGACAGCGCUUUGAACCAUCAACUUGAACCUUUAUCCAGCAGAUUUCCUUCUGAUUCAAUAUCUAUAGCAGUGUACCUAACUGCCGAAGCUUGCAUUCCAGGAAAGAGUCCCAAAUUUCUAUCCCCAGAGGUAUCCAACUACUAUACAACUGGAGAUGAUAUUCAUGGCUUUGUUCUAUGUGAGAAUUUAACUUCAACAGACUUGCCUUUUAGUAUGUUUCAUGUUUUAUUAGAAGGAAAUAUAAUUCGGGCUGAUAGCAUGUAUAAAACGACUAAAACAAAGCCACAUAAAGUUAUCAACUUUUUGCAAAGCGUUGACCUAUCUGCAAGUUUCAAUUACAGCGUGGAAGAAGGGUUGAAGUUUGAUCCUAUUGAUAAUACUCAGUUGUUUUUUAGCAGAGGAAGGAUUUUGGAGCCUGGAGUUAGGUACAAAAGAUACUUUUCGUUCAAGGUUCCUCAGAAGUUGAUUGAUUAUCAUAGUAAAGAAGAUGGAUUAAUCAUGCAAACUCAAUUACCACCUUCAUUAGAUCCUGAAUCAUUCGAGACUUUGUCAUUCAAUGAUAACAAGAUUGAAUAUUCCAUUAUAGCGAAAUUAGUGGGACAAGAGGUACACCAGAAUAAUUUUUUUACCUUCAAAGAUUGCUCUAGAAAUGUAAUAAUUAUUCCCCAGACCACAAAAGAAGCAAUGAACCCGUACCACAGGGAAGAGGCUAAAGCAAUUACUAACUCAAUAAAAGCUGAAGCAGAAUAUUUUAUCAAAUUGGGAAAACAAAUAAGGAAACUAAUGCCAAUUGAAGAGAGCUCUAAAGGUAAGUUACAGAAUGGUAUUGAUAGAACAAGCUUCCCGAAUUCUCAAGGUAAUAAUGUGACUGAGUUUAUGCAAUCACCGAAUCACCUUUCAAAGCUUCCGAUAAGAACAAAAAAAUUAUUUGGCGGAACUUCCAACGAACUUGGACUUUUAGACGUCUUUGUUCUGACUAUACACAAGGAAGUGAAGUUUAUUGCACCCAUUGGACUUAGAAAGACAGAAAUAUUGCAGAAAGACCUAGACUCAUGGAAGAUAAAUAUUCCAGUAAGUUUGAGAUAUCUACCAAAUUCUGAUGGUAAAUUUCCCGAGAUUACCAAUAUUUCUGCAUCAUUAGAAUGUGUCACAUAUGUAAAUGAUAAAUUUAAGCUUCCCAUUGAAAUAGAUUUCGACUAUUUGUUCAAUAAUGAAACCGGUGAAGAGCUUCCAACUAUACUAAUAAAAACAUUUAAGAGAUUAAAUUAUGACUUAUGUGAACAGCUUCGAGAGGUUCAUAAUCGCCAAGACUUCAGCGUUGUGGCAAGCUUGCUUGAAGAUUUAAGAGCAAUCUCAACAAUCAAGACCAAGAAAUCUACUCUAAGCAUCGGAGAUAUUACAAUUGAUAGCUCAUCGAAGUUGAAUUCUAAAUCAUUGCCUUGGAAAGAGGAUAGGGAAGAAUUGCCAUCUUCAACUGAGAACACUGAAUAUUUUAAUGAACCAAGACGUAAUAGCAAGCGUAAAGACAUUAAUAUUAAUAUAGACCUUGCUAGCGCAUUUUUAAGAGAUUCAAUGAGUGAUGCAUCCACACUCAGAUCAUUCGACACAUACAACAUAGUUCCCAGUUUUCAGAAUUGUUUUAUAGGAAGAAUGUAUUGUUUAAAGCUUGCACUUGAAUUCCCGCAGGGAAUUGCAACCACUACCAGAAUACCUAUCACUAUAACCAAUUAG